AUGAGCAACGGCAAUGGAGCUAUACCACGACGCAACAUUCCUGCCCUGAGUUUGGCUGAUCUUCAUGAGAAAGCUAAAGUCGACCCAUCCGAGACAACCAAGUACACCCCCAAGCAAUGGCUCAACGUGAUUGGCAAACUAUAUGACGAGGGUGAUAGAGCAUGGAAUAUUGGUGAUUUGAAUAAUGCAUAUUAUCACUAUCUGAAAGGGUGCAAUGUCAUGGUCGAAAUAUUGAAUCUACAUCCAUCAAGUAACGAUGUCAAGAAAACGUCUAUCUAUAUCGAGCUUAAGAAGCGUACAAGUGAUGAGAUUCUCUACAAUCUGGAAAAGAUCAAAAUGCGAUUGGAGCAACAGCAACAACAACAACAACCAGUUGAGAAUGGUGAUGAUUUGGUUGGGAGAGCACUUGAAAAGUUUCCAGCAGUGAGUGAAUUGGAGUUGUCAACUACCGGAGGAAGUUCAAAACACGAGGUGUCGUUGGAUGACAUGUUACCUUCAGUACCUACCCAUGCGCCAACAAAAGCAGGCCCACAACGCCAUAUGAAGAUGCCUGAACCAACCCCUACUGCGCCCAAUACAACAAUGAAUUCAACCCCACAACCAAAACCACCACCACCUCCUAUGCAUAUGCCAGUUCCUCAGCCAUCCCAACAAUCCAAACUCCCGCCAACAUCUUCGUCGUCCUCCUCCCCAUCAUCAUCAGGCCUUACUCUUCCUGGUCGUACCAACCACAACUUUCCUCAAAUUAUGGCUGUUGAGCCGCGUGAUUUGGCCAAAUGGAUCAGAGUGCAAAAGAAUCCACCAAGCGUACUUUUAUUGGACGUCAGGCCUUUAUCCAUGUAUCAAGAAGGUUGCAUUCGUCAUCCAUACAUUUGUCAGAUAGAGCCAAUGGUCUUGCGACGUGGUGUGACAUCUGAAAAGAUCCAAGCAUCCCUUGUGUUGAGUGACGAUUCGCAUCAAGAAGUGUUUUCCAGAAGAAACGAAUUUGAUCUUGUUGUCUACUAUGAUCAAGAUUCAAAGCAACCUGCCACAGCCAGUGAACCUUUGAGGAAUCUUCGAUCAGCCAUCUAUGAAAGCGAAUUCAACAAGAGCCUUCCGCGCGUUCCCAUGAUGUUGGCAGGUGGCUUUAUUGCAUGGCAACAAGCAAUAGGAGAACAUGGCGUCUACAGGACCAUCAAACCACGUUCAACAUCCGCUGACAAAGAGAAUGAGAAUCCAAAAAAGGAACGAUCCCAUCGACAUCAUUGGUUGCAUUCAGUGGUGGGAAGGAGUAGCGCUCGAAAGGAACCGGUUCAAGUGCAUUACACUGCAUUUGAUUAUUUCACCAAUAAGCAACGUGAUCGACCUUUACAAUCCAUGGAUCAGCAACAUAAACCUGCUGUACAAGGCAUCUUUGGAAAUUGGCUUGAUUCAUCAUCCUCACGUCCUGACAACAAUGCUUUGCCACUCACGAUGCCAAUCGCCCCACCCGAUCUUAGACCUUCUGAAGAAGCACCACGUACCCCAACAGAAGAAUCCAUCUCAGCAAAAUAUCCUGACAUUCGUCCUAAUACCUCAUCUGCAGCUGCAGCAGCUAACAACAACACCGGUCUCCAAAGACGCAACACAUUUAUUGAUAACCCAUUCCAUGGAUUCACUGAGACAAAGAACGAUUUGUAUGAUGUGCCUCCCAUUCCUCCAAAGCCAAGACGUCCUUUACCACCUCCACCUCCACCACCAGCAUCACGAACACCACCCGCCCAUGCAUCACAGGAACCCAAAAUUGUACGUCCAUCUUCGGCGGGUGCUAUUGCAACAGCUCCUACGCCACCUGCUAUCCCAUCAAAACCAUCUGCUUUGGUGCCUAUACAACAUCCUGUUGCUGAAAGUCGAUUUGCCCCUGUAUCCGAUAGCUCAUUCUCCCAACUUGGCUCCGUGAUGAUUGGCACUACGGGUUUGAAGAAUCUUGGCAACACCUGCUACAUGAAUUCAAUUGUGCAGUGUCUUAGUGGAACCAUCCCAUUGGCACGUUAUCUCAUUUCUGGAACCUAUAAGCGGGAUCUCAACAAGAAUAAUCCUUUGGGCACAGGAGGUGUUUUAGUACAAUGCUUUUCGGAUCUGCUACGUGUCAUGUGGAGUGGAAGUUACAGUUUUAUUUCUCCUGUCACAUUCAGGGAAGCGCUUGGUCCAUUUGCACCUCAAUUUUCAGGAACGGAUCAGCAAGAUUCUCAAGAAUUCCUUGUCUUUUUAUUGGAUGGUUUGCAUGAAGAUGUCAACCUUGUACAACGUCGUCCUUCGCCUCGACCAGAAGAUCCUGAAGAAGAAGCACGAUUUGAGCGUUUACCUGAUUGGCAGGCGAGUGCCAUUGCUUGGGAUAGAUAUUUGGAAAGGAACAAGAGCAUCAUUGUUAGUCUCUUCCAAGGGCAAUACCGAAGUCGUCUCACAUGUCUAACAUGCAAACAAACAUCAACAACAUACAACACAUUCAUGUCGUUAUCCCUACCGAUACCCAAGGGUAACUCGACCGUAUCGCUUUAUCAUUGCUUGGAUGCAUUUGUGAAGGAGGAAAUCUUAGAAAAUGAUGAUGCAUGGCAUUGCCCACGAUGCAAGACUUUCCGACGAUCCAGCAAACGUUUGACACUGUCAAGAUUGCCAGUCGUAUUACUUGUCCACCUUAAGCGAUUUUCAUUCGAUGGACCUUUUAGAAACAAACUUGAGACUUUGGUGAAUUACCCAACAAGGGAUUUGGAUCUUUCUCCCUAUGUUCCAAGCACCAUGAAUCCUCCCGAUAUGAAAGAGCGUCCGAUCCAUCGCUAUGAUCUAUAUGGUGUAUCAAAUCAUUACGGAUCUUUGACUGGUGGCCACUACACGGCAUGUGUACGAAACGGAUACCGGCAAGAGUGGCAUUACUUUGAUGAUACCCGCUUCUCAGUGUGUGAUGAAGGAAAAGCUGUUAGUCGAGCAGCAUACAAUCUCUUUUAUGUUCGAUCCACUGUAAAAUGA